AUGCCACCUAAGAAAGGAGUGGGCACUUCUAAAGGGAAGCAGCCUGCAAAGCGGCCUCCCGCUAAGCGGGGCCCCCCCCCUGCAUUGUCCUCAUCGGAUGAUGAGGGUGUUGAUGGGGCUCAGCAGGAGAUUUUGGCCCGCAUAGCGGCAUUGGAGAGCAGUCGGGGAGUUUCCGCUGCUUCUGUUGGGGGUGCAAAGAGGCCUAGGUCCACUAGGGCAUCUUCUCGCGUGGCUUUUCAGACAGAGGUUCUUAAACGUUUGUCUGCUCUUGAAGGUACUGCCAACCAAGGUGGGGAUGAUGCCAGCGGAGCUAUAGAGCCGGGGGAGACAGACCUUCCUGGAGAGUCGGGUACUGACGAUCAAGCUGGAUCACAGGUGGCCCUGCCAGUGGCGGUAGCGGUUGAUAACGCCUUGGGAGAUGGUGCUGUGGCGCAUCGAGGAAGGUGCUCUAUCCUUAUCUGCGGGCACAGCUUCGUCUUUUGGGCCGCCCACCAGGCUAAGAGGACGGCGUUCGGGUCCCAGCUUGGCCUGAGCCAGUGGGCUACGGUGGAGUGGCAGGGCCGUCGAGGCCUGCGUUGGCCUGGUCUGCUUCCACUAUUAUUUGAAGGGAGGUGUGCCCCUCCACCUCAUAUUCUCGUCAUUCACCUGGGGGGGAAUGACUUGGGUUUGGUGAAGGGCAAGGCCCUGUCACUGCAGGCCCAGGCAGACUUGCGGUUGAUAGGCAAGCGCUGGCCUGGUGUCUUAAUCAUUUGGUCCGAUAUUCUACCCAGGAGGGUUUGGCGGGAGGUCUUGGAUGCUAAAGCUAUAGAGGGAGCACGUUAUAAGGCCAAUAAGGCCUUACACAAGGCUUUGGAGAAGGGGUUGGGGGUUUAUUUGCCCCACCCCGGUAUAAGGGCUGCUCUGCCGGACCUCUACCGAGGUGACGGAGUUCAUCUUUCUUUUAAAGGCAACAACAUAUUUUUAGACGACUUGCGGCGGGGAUUGCUGGAGGCGUUACGCCAUAUUUGGGGCGUCGAGGCCUAAGCAGAGGCUUGACCUCGUCGGUGGCAGGUUAGAGUUGGGAUUUGAGAGCGGGCCGGUGAGUACCCUUGGCACAUCCUCAUUGGUGGGGAGUGGGGGUCUGUCAGGAGCGGCUGCGGCCCUACGGCUCAGCUGCGAGGGCAGACUGCCUAGUGGGACCUCCCAGACAAGUCCUUAUCCCAGGCUGUACGGCUUGGGGUGUUUGGAGCUUUAUGGGGGGAACCAUUCGCCUGGCCGGCCGGGCCCAAGCCAUCUCUGUUGGAUGGCUCGCACCCGGGGCAGUGGGUCUCGCCCAGGCAGGUUCAAGGAGAAGGUCCCAUGGUGACCACUGGCUUGACCUGUACCGCUAGUUAGCUCCCCUUGUUGCCGCUGUUGAGGUUAUGUUGUUGCUUUAAUAAAGUAGCCCUUAGUACCCAAAACCUGUGUCUGCCUCUUUCUUCCAACUAGGGUAUCAAGGAGGCAACCCCCAGCCGCGGCGUAGCCGUUAAGGCUGGGUGCCUAUUUUGAUGCCCUGGAAGGAGAUAGAGCAGAGCUCCCCUUCCAGGACCUGUGGGGUGGGCGGAGCUAGCCUGUUUAGGCGCGCUCCGCCCGUUUCCCCCUCAGUUGGUGCCUCGAGCUCGGCCCACCCUCCGCACCCUAUAACAGGACAGGAUUAGCCGGUCGCCUUCUUUGGGGCCAGGCAGGAAUUUUUCCCCCUUUUGCAAAUUGGCAUGGGCAUCUGGGGUUUUUCGCCUGCCUUGUUCUGUUGUGGGGGUUGUGGUAAUUGGCAGGCGGUGCCGCAGCCUGUUAGGUUAGUGGCAGGUUAGAGUUGGGAUUUGAGAGCGGGCCGGUGAGUACCCUUGGCACAUCCUCAUUGGUGGGGAGUGGGGGUCUGUCAGGAGCGGCUGCGGCCCUACGGCUCAGCUGCGAGGGCAGACUGCCUAGUGGGACCUCCCAGACAAGUCCUUAUCCCAGGCUGUACGGCUUGGGGUGUUUGGAGCUUUAUGGGGGGAACCAUUCGCCUGGCCGGCCGGGCCCAAGCCAUCUCUGUUGGAUGGCUCGCACCCGGGGCAGUGGGUCUCGCCCAGGCAGGUUCAAGGAGAAGGUCCCAUGGUGACCACUGGCUUGACCUGUACCGCUAGUUAGCUCCCCUUGUUGCCGCUGUUGAGGUUAUGUUGUUGCUUUAAUAAAGUAGCCCUUAGUACCCAAAACCUG